AUGGCGACCCUUGCUACCUUCAAAGUUCCUGUCGUCGAAAAUGAGCCUCUUAGAGUGUACGCCCCGGGAACGCCGGAACGACUGGUACUUGAGGCGGCGAUCGCUCAAAUGAAGCAGGAACUACCCUUUGAAGUCCCUUGUGUAAUCAAUGGGAAAGCGGUCAGGACAAACUCGCAGGCAAAACAAUUUAUUCCAGCUGACCACGCUACCCACUUGUGCUCCUAUCACGAAGCCGAUUCUGCGCUAAUUGACACUGCAAUAAAUGGCGCAUUGGAAGGGAAGACAGCAUGGGAGAACCUUCCCUGGAACGACAGGGCCGCAAUAUUCCUCAAAGCUGCCGAUCUCAUCAGUGGAAAGUAUCGCUACCAGAUUACGGCAGCGACAAUGCUCGGCCAAGGGAAGAACGCUUGGCAGGCUGAGAUUGACGCCGCUGCGGAGCUCGCGGAUUUUUUCCGUUUCGGAGUAAAAUACGUCGAGGAGUUGUAUGCCCAACAGCCAGUCAAGAAUUCCCCCGGUGUAUGGAACCGUGUGGAGUAUCGCGCGCUUGAGGGCUUCGUGCUAGCAGUAUCACCAUUCAAUUUCACUGCCAUUGGCGGCAACCUUCCCGGAACGCCCGCGCUUGUCGGAAACGUGGUCCUUUGGAAACCCUCGCCACUCUCCAUCUACGCUAACUACAUCACACACAAGAUCCUCCUCGAAGCAGGUCUCCCAGGUAACGUUAUUCAAUUUGUUCCUGGACCUGCGCCGGAAAUUGUGAAACAGGCGAUUGAUCAUCCCGACUUCGCUUCACUGCACUUUACGGGGAGUACGGCGGUAUUCAAAUCGUUAUGGAAGAGCAUUGGGAAUAACAUUGAGAAGUACAAGAGUUAUCCUAGGAUCGUCGGGGAGACAGGCGGGAAGAACUUUCAUCUCGUCCACUCCAGUGCCGACGUCGAUAACGCAGUUCAGCAGUCCGUGCGCUCGGCAUUCGAAUAUCAAGGCCAGAAAUGCUCAGCUUUGUCGCGUCUGUAUGUUCCGGCUUCGUUGUGGAAUGGGGGGUUCAAAGACAAGCUUUUGCAAACCACUGCAUCCAUUAAAGUCGGGCCGCCAGAGGCCUUCCAGAAUUUUAUGGGCCCCGUGAUCGGGAGGUUUGCAUAUGAUAAGAUACUUCGGCUCAUCUCGGCAGCCAGGGCGGCUGGUGGGGAAAUUCUCAUUGGUGGUUCUGGCGACGACUUCAAGGGAUUCUUUAUUCAGCCGACUAUCAUCCUUACUAAGGAUCCGAGGAGCAUAACAAUGGUCGAAGAAGUCUUUGGGCCAGUUUUGACGGUAUAUGUUUACGAUGAGGAGGAAUAUGAGGAAGUCCUGAGCCUCAUCGACACCACAUCCACAUACGCGCUCACUGGAUCGAUAUUCGCCACAGACCGGGCUGCGCUUAUACAUGCAUCCAGCCGCUUGCGCAACGCCGCUGGGAACAUUUAUUAUAACGAUAAAUGUACUGGUGCCAUCGUCGGUCAGCAACCAUUUGGCGGAAGCCGUGGGAGCGGGACGAAUGACAAGGCCGGGUCGAUCAACAUUUUCUAUAGGUUCGUGAACGCACGGAGUAUCAAGGAGACGUUUGUGGGGAUUACUGGACAUGAGUAUCCCAGCAAUCUGUUGUAAGAGAGGAAAAUGUUGAUUGGGGAUUCCCGGGCUGAAUAUCGGGGGUCUUGUCUCGCCCUUGAAACCGUUUGAGUCCACAGCUAGUGUAACAAUAAAAGUGUAAAAUGUAGCCAAACCAACAGACGCGGUCCGGAUGAGCUUUAAGCGUG